AUGUCGUGCCCGGAGCCCGCUCUAGCCCUGCGCCCGCGCGCUCCCGACCCAGUGAUCCUGGAACCGCGCGCGACUCCAGACGCCCAGCAGCGCCCCCGCCCUGCCCCGCUGCGCGCGGAGCCCCGCCUUCUCCCCGCCCCCGCCGCGGAAGGGCGGCUGCGCCGGCCAAUGGCGAGCUCCCCAGGGCCAGCCGCGGCGACUGGGCGGGGGGUCAAGAACUCGCCCCGCCCACCACACGCUCAGCCCCGCCUCCUCCCCGCCUACCAAUGGCGAGGGCCGUUGGGCACGGCGGCCGCUGAUUGGCGGCGCUCGGCACGCUCGGCACGCUCGGGGCGGGCGGCGCGCGGCGGCGACGGCGGCGCGGGAGAUUCGGAGCGGGAGCCGGGUCUCGCGGACGGCAUGGAGGACUACGAGCAGGAGCUGUGCGGCGUGGAGGAUGACUUCCACAGCCAGUUCGCGGCAGAGCUGGAGGUGCUGGCCGAGCUGGAAGGGGCGUCGACUCCAUCGCCCUCCGGGGUCCCCCCGCCCCCUGCGGGCCGGCCCCCGCGGACGUUCGAGGAGGCCCUCGCCGGAGGGGACGCGGCCUCCCGCGUCGCCCCAGCCGCCCCUCCGGGCAGCAGCCGGGGCCGCGCCAGGAAGAGGCAGGUGCACGCGGAGCCGCAGCCGGCCGGGUCCCCGCCCCGCACCCCCGGGAUCAAACGGCCCAGGCUGCAGGUGGUCAAGAGGCUGAACUUCAAGUCCGAGGAGUCGGAGGGGCCGCCCCCGCCCGACGCCCCCCCGAGGGACAUCACCCCUCCGCCUGGCCCUGAGGACCUCGCCGAGCUGUGGGGCCAUCGAGCCUCAGAUGCUGCUGCCGACGUGGGUCUCACACAGGCCUCACCAGCCCCCCGAAAUCCUGUCCUGAGACGGCCCCCCAUCUUGGAGGACUAUGUCCACGUGACAUCCACGGAGGGCAUCCGGGCCUUUCUGGUGCUGCGUGCUGACCCCGUGGGCACAGGGGUGCAGAGUCCUCUCCCCCACGUCCCAUGGCGAGGCGGUGGCCAGCUGGACCUGUUGGGUGUAUCCUUCGCCUCCCUGAAGGAGCAGGUUGACAGUGAGCGGCGGCAGCGGCUGCUUCAGGAGGCCCAGCAGCUCUCAGACACCCUGCACAGCCUCAGGUCAGAGGAGGAGGCAGCGCAGCCUGUGGGAGCCCCCGAGGAGGAGCUGGCUGCCGGCCAGGACACCUCCCCUCACUGCCUCUGGGUGGACGAGUUUGCGCCCCAGCACUACACGGAGCUGCUCAGUGACGACUUCACCAACCGCUGCUUGCUCAAGUGGCUGAAGCUGUGGGACCUGGUGGUGUUUGGCCACGAGAGGCCUGCCCGGAAGCCCAGGCCCAGUGUUGAGCCGGCCCGGGCCAGCAAGGAGGCCACGGCCCCAGUCAAGUGGAAGAGCCAUGAGCAGGUGCUGGAGGAGGUGCUGGAGGCUGGACUGGACCCGAGCCAGCGGCCGCGGCACAAGGUGGCACUGCUGUGUGGGCCCCCGGGGCUGGGGAAGACCACCCUGGCACACGUGAUUGCGCGGCACGCGGGGUACUCUGUGGUGGAGAUGAACGCUAGUGACGACCGCAGUCCCGAGAUCUUCCGCACACGCAUCGAGGCGGCGACGCAGAUGGAGUCUGUGCUGGGUGCUAGCGGGAAGCCCAACUGCCUGGUCAUCGAUGAGAUCGACGGGGCCCCUAUGGCUGCCAUCAAUGUCCUCCUGAGCAUCGUGAACCGCAAGGGCCCACGGGAGGCGGAGCUCCAGGGCCAGGCCAUGCCUUUGAGUGGUGGCCGGCGGCGCAGGGCAGAGGGGGGGAUCCUGAUGAGGCCCAUUAUCUGCAUUUGCAAUGACCAGUUCUCACCGUCCCUGCGGCAGCUGAAGCAGCAGGCCCUCCUGCUGCACUUCCCGCCGACUCUGCCCUCAAGACUGGUGCAGCGUCUCCAGGAGGUCUCCCUGCGGCGGGGACUGAAGGCCGACCCCGGGGUGCUGGCCGCCCUCUGCGAGAAAACUGACAAUGACAUUCGGGCUUGCAUCAACACCCUGCAGUUUUUGCACAGCCGGGGCCAGCGGGAGCUGAGUGUGCGGGACGUGCGGGCCACACGUGUGGGCGUCAAGGACCAGCGCAGAGGGCUCUUCUCGGUGUGGCAGGAGGUCUUCCAGCUGCCUCGAGCCCAGAGGCGCCGUGUGAGCCAGGAUCCUGCCCUGCCUACCGACACGCUCCUGCUGGGUGACGGGGACGUGGGCUCCCUCACCUCGGCCUCACAGCGAUUCUACCACGUCCUGCACGCGGCUGCCUCUGCGGGCGAGCACGAGAAGGUGGUCCAGGGCUUGUUCGACAACUUCCUGCGCUUGCGGCUGCGAGACUCCAGCCUCGACGCUGUGUGCGUGGCCCUCGACUGGCUGGCCUUUGACGACCUGCUGGCACGGGCUGCCCACCACAGCCAGAGCUUCCAGCUGCUGCGCUACCCACCCUUCCUGCCCGUGGCCUUCCACGUGCUGUUUGCCUCCAGCCACACGCCCAGGAUCACCUUCCCCAGCAGCCAGCAGGAGGCCCAGAACCGGAUGAGCCAGAUGAGGAACCUGAUCCAGACGCUGGUGUCCGGCAUUGUGCCAGCCACGCGAAGCCGGGCCACGCCCCAGGCCCUGCUCCUGGACGCCCUCUGCCUGCUCCUGGACAUUCUCACACCCAAGCUCCGCCCUGUCAGCACGCAACUGUACAGUGUCCGCGAGAAACAACAGCUGGCCAGCCUGGUGGGCACGAUGCUUGCCUAUAGCCUGACCUACUGCCAGGAGCGCACGCCCGACGGGCAGUAUGUCUACAGGCUUGAGCCGAACGUGGAGGAGCUCUGCCGCUUCCCUGAGCUGCCUGCCCGCAAGCCCCUCACCUACCAGGCCAAGCAGCUCAUUGCCCGAGAGAUUGAGGUGGAGAAGAUGCGGCGGGCAGAGGCUUCAGCCCAGGCAGGGAACAGCCCCCAGGUGGAUGGGAGCCCCCCAGGGCUCAAGGGUCUGCUGGGGGGCAGUGGGGAGAAAGGGGUGCGGCGACCUGCCCCACGAAACCACGAGCAGCGGCUGGAGCACAUCAUGAGGCGCGCGGCACCAGAGGAGCAGCCUGAGAGGGACUUCUUUGGACGUGUGGUGGUCAGGAGCGUGGCAGCGCCGAGUGCAGGGGACACGGCCCCGGAGCAGGACUCAGCGGAGCGGCGCAUGGGCACAGCGGUGGGCAGGAGCGAGGUCUGGUUCCGCUUCAACGAGGGCGUCUCCAACGCGGUGCGGCGCAGCGUGUACAUCAGAGACUUGCUCUAGUUUCCUCUGACCCGGAGACGGCGCGGAGGGACGGAAACCCGGACGCUUUCAUAAAGUCACACCUUUACAGAC